CUUUUUCCUCCAAACAUAACGAUGGUCAUUUUGGCCAAACAGUUCUAUUUUGUUUCAUAAGACCAGAGGACAUUUCUCCAAAAACUACGAUCUUUGUCCCCAUGUGCAGUUGCAAACCGUAGUCUGGCUUUUUUAUGGCGGUUUUGGAACAGUGGCUUCUUCCUUGCUGAGUGGCCUUUCAGGUUAUGUCGAUAUAGGACUCGUUUUAGUGUGGAUAUAGAUAUUUUUGUACCUGUUUCCUCCAGCAUCUUCACACCAAAGUACGUUCAUCUCUAGGAGACAGAAUGCAUCUCCUUCCUGAGCAGUAUGAUGGCUGCAUGGUCCCAUGGUGUUUAUACUUGCGUACUAUUGUUUGUACAGAUGAACGUGGUACCUUCAGGCUUUUGGAAAUAGCUCCCAAGGAUGAACCAGACUUGUGUAGGUCUACAAUUUUUCUUUCUGAGGUUUUGGCUGAUUUCUUUUGAUUUUCCCAUGUCAAGCAAAGAGGCACUGAGUUUGAAGGUAGGCCUUGACAUACAUCCACAGGUACACUUCCAAUUGACUCAAAUUAUGUCAAUUAGCCUAUCAGAAGCUUCUAAAGCCAUGACAUUUUUUAAAUAUUUUCCAAGCUGUUUAAAUGCACAGACAACUUAGUGUAUGCAAACUUCUGACCCACUGGAAUUGUCAUAAAGUGAAUUAUAAGUGAAAUAAUCUGUCUGUAAACAAUUGUUGGAAAAAUUACUUGUGUCAUGCACAAGGUAGAUAUCCUAAUCGACUUGCCAAAACUAUAGUUUGUUAUUAACUAGAAAUGUGUGGUGGCUGAAAAACGAGUUUUAAUGACUCCAACAUAAGUGUAUGUAAACUUCCGACUUCAGCUGUAGGCAUUUUUUUAUUUGACUGAAAUAAAUAUAGGCCUAUAAUUUUCUUAAGUGAAAUGCAUGCUUAUGGUGAUGAUUAUCUUUUGUCAAUACAUUUUAAAUAUCAAAAAGACAGCCGUCUUACAUUGGAUGAAUAAUAACCAAGUACCGGUAAUUGAUUUGAAAGUGAAAGUUCCUGGAUAGACCACCAGGAUACGCCAAGGUACCCGAGAUCAUCAUUCCGCCGAGGACCCUCCCAUUGGUGGCAAGUUUUGUUUCUGCAAUAAUCUGAUUGGAUGGGGGAGACCGUUAUUGUAUGUCUGACUGGCUAGACGGCUUGAUUUACCAGCUGACUGGGGGGAAGUUGGCGUGGAUCACUGACAUUAAACCAAACGAUUAUUUGAUCAUCUUGCGUCGCAGUGUGUAUAAUCAUAAUUUGAAGACUUGGGAUCUCACACUGAAGUUGUUCGGUGCGGUCUGGAAUAGCUGAACUAGGACGCGGUUAAUGCCGGCGCACUGAAUAGACGGACAUCUGUGUUUAGUCUGUGGCAGUUGGAAUGUGAUCGCUGUCUUCGCAUGUUCAUUUUUGUGACAGAUGAUGCUCAGUAACCAAGCCAGACGCCAAUGAAAGAUAACCGUCUGCUGCCAUGACGACCAGUCGCUGCACUCUGUUGCCGGAGGUGCUGCCAGAGCGUUCUGACUCUGCCCACACAGGGAGUUGCUUGAGCGACAGGGACUUUGAUCCAAUGGGUAGCCUGGACUACCCAACAGAGCCUGACCUCCCAGGAAAAGCAAUGGAAGAGCAGAGCAGUCCGGCCAAUGGAGAGCCGCAGUACUACAUGCAAGUGUCUGCCAAGGAUGGGCAGCUGCUGUCACCUAUCGUGGGAGCGUACGCCAAACAGAGCCCCCUGCCUGAGCGGCCCAUGUGUCGGAUCUGUCAUGACGGAGGGGGUCAGGAGGAGCUGCUCUCCCCCUGUGAGUGUGCAGGGACCCUGGGUACCAUCCACCGGAGCUGCCUGGAGCACUGGCUCUCUGCCUCUGGCACCAGCGCAUGUGAGCUCUGCCACUACCAGUUCACUGUACAGAGGAAGAACCGGCCACUGAUGGAGUGGGUGCGUAACCCGGGCCUGCGCCAGGAAAAACGGACGCUGUUCGGCGACAUGGUGUGCUUCCUGCUCAUCACGCCUCUGGCCACAAUCUCCGGGUGGCUGUGUCUGCGGGGGGCCGUGGACCACCUGCACUUUUCCAGCCGCCUGGAGGCGGUGGGCCUCAUCGCCCUCACCGUGGCCCUCUUCACCAUCUACCUCUUCUGGACCCUGGUGUCGCUCAGGUAUCACUGUCGACUGUACAACGAAUGGCGGCAGACCAAUCAGAGGGUGGUGCUUCUCCUCCCCAGGUCACAUGGUGAACCGUCUGCUCCGCCCUCUUCACGAGGCCCAUCUCGUGAAAAAUGGCCAUCCAAAGAGACUAUUGUCUGAGCAGCCCUUUCUUCAAAAGCCAUGAAAGAGAAACACUGAGGAAGAAUGGGGAUAGUUCCAUAGGCACCAGAACAGUAUUUGCUUCUGAUGCCCUCCAGUGCUGAACUUUGAAUUGCCCACAUGUCAUUAAUGGGCACCUAGGAAUGGUUUAAACACACAUUUACUAAGGCGGUGGAGUUACUGUACAACAGAGACCUUCUCUACGGUGAAGCAUCCAUUUUGGACUCAAAAUGCAGCAUAACAUCCCACCACUGCCACCAAUAUGUCAUACAGGGAUGGACAGGUACAUUUGUUGAUAUAGAAGUGGUGGAGUGCGUAGUUGGUCAUAAAGCAUUUGGACUGAAGGACAGCCAGGAAAAGUUUGCCACUGUGACCAUAUGCUGUGAUUGUUGUUUUCUGCACUUCACAGGAGUCACCAUUGUCUGGUUCAUAUAACAUACCAACAUAAACCUGUGUAUAGUAUUACUAUAUUAGUCACAUUCUACCAAUCAACAAAUCAAAGCUCAGAGUGUAAAUAAAUACUUCAACUACUUCAGUAUUUUACAUAGUAUUAAACUCUUACCUUUAAAUGUAUGGGUAUCUGUGCCUCAAACCAAGGUCAUGUUCAUUAUGCACCAGAUAACUUACUGAAACAGUGGGGGACUACACUCAUUUUUCAUUCUAUUUCAAAAGUAUUUAAAACGUUUCACUACGGUGUGCCCGUUUCACUACGGUGUGCACGUUCCAACUUAAGACAGGCUUUGUGGAGUGUUAAACAGGGCAUAGGUUGAUGUAGGCCUAUACUAGCUGCUCAGUCUUUCUUUGCAAGUCCUCCCCUUAGAUAAGAACAACAUUAAUAGUUGAAGUACAUUGAGGUUGACCUUAACACAAAAGGGACAUUUUGAAUUAAUUUAUAUUUUGGCUACAAAGUAGUUGUGUGUGAAAAUACAAUAUUGGUCUCAGUUGAGAACUGGUUGACUGUGGUAUAUGUUAGUUUCAGUCAUUCACUUCACUUACAAAUAGCUGUGUUUGUUAUACAUCCCAUCUUUGACUCACGAGUGGUCAUGUGUCAUUGUGUUAAUGUUCUUUUGUUCAAGGAUUUUGUAGUCGCUGCCUUGUAAAGUAUUCUGUGAUAGUUCUCUUCCUAGAAAUGGUUGUAUAGCCUAGCCAAGACUAUUCAGGUUGAUCAGAAGGGCCAAAAACACUUAGAUUUUCUGUCUAGAGAACUUGUUAUACCAGAUGCAUUAACCUAUCAAAGUAUUGUUUUUUUGUUUUUUUUUUAAAUCUGAGUACCUGGUGCACUUAUUUAACUCUUCAGCAUCUUCAUUUGAUUAAAUUUCAGGCUUCACUUUGAGCUUGUUGGUGAAGUGGAAUAAACUUCCGUUAUGUUUGUGUGUGUCGGUGUGGCAGUUUGAUCAAAUGUAUUCUCUCUUAUCAGCGGUUUCCAAUAAAAAUAUGAACUUAAA